AUGUACAGCUCCUCCACUCCUGAUGAGUUACCUCCAGAAAACCAUGCUGACGGCCAUACUCACCGCACUGACAGCCCGACCCACCACACCUUCCACCUCGGCACUGUUAUCCCCAAUCGUAUUUUUGUUGGGGGGCUUGACUACAAGGUUAAUGAGAGCGACCUGCGACAUUUCUUCUCUCAACAUGGUGUAGUGAAAGAGGUGAAGAUUAUAACGGAUCGUUUAGGAGUGUCAAAAGGAUAUGGGUUUGUUACAUUUGAGACCGAAGAAGAUGCAAUGAAAAUCCUUCAUAAUGCAAAUGGAAUCUGUUUCAAAGACAAGAGGCUCAGCAUCGGUCAGGCUGUCCGCAAGCAGCAAGCCUCAGGACAAAUUAAAAGUGUCCAUGUGGCCAGCCCCGACCCUGCAAUGCCUCUGCCAAUGUCCUGUGGGUCCCUCUCCUUGACCACAUCCACAGGCUAUCCCUACACCUACCACAACGGAGUGGCCUACUUCCACUGCCCCAACAUGAACCCUCCUGCCCACCACUGGCCUCCUUCUCCUCCAGUGAUACUCCCUCAGUCUCAGCCUGUCUACCAGCAACCAGCCUAUCACCACAACCAGUGUGUCCCAAACCAGUAUCAGUGGACCGUCGCCCAGUCGCCGAUCCCCUCCAGUCCAGUCAUGUACUCCCAGCAGCCAGAACAUCUGUACCAGCCCGUUGAUGGAGGCUGUGUCCAGCCUUCUCUGCCUGUCAUGGAGGACACCACAACAGAGUUUGUAGAGCCCACAGUGCAGCAGCUCUACCAACUGUAUCCUCAGAGAACAGAAGGAAUGGCACCCAUUGUUCUGCAACACGACCCUGGAAAGAAUCUGAUGUUUCCACACUCGCGGAUCCACCUGAAGCCAAAGUACCACAGACACGUCCACCACAAAGACUAUCACUACCUGCCAGAAGCAACAGAGCCACCAGACGUCUCCAUGUUUCACAGCACCCAUCCUCUCAUGUAG